AUGUUCAAGAAGCUGAAGGAUAAAAUUGCCGAGGAGGUAAAACAGUCCCCUCAACGGUUCGAGCAGAUCUCCAAAGGAUUUCAGGCUGCCGUUAGCUCAGCAUCAUCAACUACCUCCGAAGUCUCUGGGAGCGAAAACUUUUUUAGCAUUACAGAAGAUGAUACUCCGCAAAACUCUCCGCUGAAGGGAAACUCCAUCACGCCGGUUAUGCAAACGUCGCAGGCCAACAACACUUCCGGCAGUAGCUCCGUAAUGUCGAGUUCGAGCCUUAACAAUGGCACAUCACCCUCAACAGGCGCCACAGGAACACCGAACUCAACCGUGGGUUCCGCGUCGCUGCAACGCGUCCGUCGCUUGUCCAAUUCUUCGAUGGCCAGCGAUGUUUCGUUUCGACUGCCAGCAUACGAUUCCCCCGCUAUCUAUCAUCUCGAAACGGAUGUGGAUGUGUCGGCGAGCGAAACCGAAUCAGUGGCCGGUUCGGUAGGCAACAGUCCAAACCAGUUGGACCUCGUGAGCAAGGACAAGCUGUUUCAGGCGUACAAAAAGGCACUCGAUCGGUACCAGAAAUACCGAGAGCGGUACACGGAACUGGCGCGUCGAUAUCGCGAGCUGGAAAAGGACAACACCAAAGCGCGAGCAGUGCUGGGCGAAACACAAGACAAAGCGCUGCGGCGGAUGAGCGAACUGAGGGAACAGUGCGUGCUGGAGCAGCAAGCCAAGGCCCAUCUGGAUUCUGCCCUUCGCAUGGAGAUCGACGAGCUGCAGUGUGUGGUCAAAACCCUGCGUUCCAAGCUGGAGCUUGUCGGUGACCAUAGUGGCAGUUCGAACGGCACGGAGUCCGAUCUAAUCUCGCUCGGGGCAGAAGACUCGCUACGGGACACAGGGCCACUAGAAGAUCGCAUCAAGGCGCUCGAGUCGAAGCUUAACGAUGAGCUGCGCCAAAAGGCAGUGCUCAAUCUGGAGGUGAGCGAACUGAAGAAGCGCGAAGAAGAGCACACGAUCACGAUCGCAGAAAACAAGAUGGCCAUCCACUCGGAGCUGGAAGCGAAAGAGGCCGAAGUGCGCAAGCUGAAGGAACAGUUGACUGCGUUCGAAAAGAACAUGAAACAAACCCUACUGGAGAAGGACGGACUAGGGAAAGAGUUAUUCGAAGUUCGCAAGGUUGCGGCCAGGGUGAAAGAACUGGAAAGUACUUUGAGCACGUGCAAUGAACAGAAGAAUAAGUUGGAGUCGAAAUUUAUCGAUUUCGAGCGCACGAUCAUGGAGCUGGAGAAGGACAAGCAGCAACUGAAGGCCACAAACCUGACCCUCGACUACGAGAAGAGUGAGCUACAGAAAAAGGCGAGCGAAAUAGAGGCAAAGACGGCAACACUUGCGCAAGAACGUGAUUCGUUGGCCGCAAGGAUAAAAGACCUCGAGCAGACGGCCCAUGACUCGCUGGACCGUUCGUUGGAAAUCGAUUCUCUUACGCAGCAACUCGAGGAAGCGAAACAAAGUGAGAUGUCGUCACUUGAAAGAAUCGGCACCAUCGAAGCGCGACUGACGGAAAAGGAAGAACGACUCUCCACGGUGCAAUCCGAACGAGACGAUUUAGAGCAAAAGAUAAGCGAAACGGAGAGUUUGCUGCGGGAACGUGAGAAGGAAAUCGAACGAUUAGAGCAGCAGCAUUCUUCGCAAGUCGAACUGCGGCGCGAAGCACUCCACCAGAAGCUGCAACAUGCCGAAGACGAACUGGCAGCGUGCCGCAAAGCACAAUCGUUGGACCAGGAGAAGUUACUCGAGCUGACGCAAGCACUGGACGCGGCAAAGGAGCUACACGAUCGAGAUCGAAAGAGCAACGAGGUCAGUCUGAAGGAGGUGUUUGAGCGCAACAACGAGUUGUCCGAACAGCUCGAUCAGUUCAAGGAGAAGCUCGAGAAGGUGAACGCAAAGUUCAAAAAGUUAACCGACGAAAAGAACGUAUUACGUGCGGCCAACGAUGGGCUCUCGGGCGAGUUGAAGCAGUGCCGCCAGGAACUGAAGCAGCUGGCCAGCCAAAAACAGACACUAUCGGACGAGGUGCGCAAUCUGAAGAUCAUCAACGAGAACUCGGAAUCGGAAGCCCUGCGAUCGUUGCAGGAAUCGAUGCGUGCAUCGAUGGCGACCGCCGAGGAGAAGCUGCUUGAAACGACUCGCGAUCUCAACCAUGUGCUAGAGCUAAAGUCGGAGGAAAACCGUCGACUGUCCGAGGAGCGCGACGAACUGGUGGAGAAGCUGGACGGUGUUCAUCGCGAAAAAACCGACCUGGUGGUGGAGGGUGUAAAUUUGCGGACAAAGAUCGAAACGAUCCGCGGCGAAAAGAAAGACCUAGAAAAGACGCUUGAGCGGGAGAUACGUGAAAAGACGGAGCUGAAGGCACAGGUCACCAACAUCCUGCAGGAGAUCGGUCGUCUAGAGGAGCAGCUGAAGGACGUGAAAGAGGCACAUUCCAAAAUACUGGACGAAAAGCAGACGCUCGAGGAGAAGAUCGAGCGAUUGCAGCGCGAUCACUGCGAGGCACGCUUGAAGCUUGAAAAGGACACGCUUGGGAAGCUGCAGGCAAAGGUGAAGGAACAUGAAACUAAACUGCACGAGGUGGAGUGCGAAAAUUCGCAACUGGCCGAGAAGAACUGUUUACUCGAGGAGAGCAGCCGACGGACCGUGGAGGAACUGAAGAAAUUGAACCAGUCUAUGAAGGACGAGGAAAGGCGCUUACGAGAGGAGCGGGAGCGCUGUGAGCAGCUGCAGGAGCAGGUUAAGACGGUCACCGAUCAGCUGGGCCAGUGCAGCGGUGAUCAUGCGAAACUGUUCAAUGAGAAGGAGCUGCUCGAUCACCAGCACCGCUCGCUUCAGGAUGCUCUUGAAGCGAAGGAAAAGGAAAAACUCUGCGUUCUCGAUACGAACAAGUGCCUCGAGGAAGAACUGGCGAAGCUGCGGACCGAGAACGAUUAUCUAAAGGGGAAGCACAACGAACUGAAGGUGCUACUCGAAAGCGACAAACGAAGACUGAUGGACCAGAACGAUGCGCUGCAGCGGCAAAUGGAAGAAUUGGCCCGCGAGAAGCAAUCACUCGGUCGCAAUGCGACCGAUCUCGAGAAGCGUCUCGCUAGCUACGAGGAGGUGAAGAUCGAAAACGAAUACCUCAACACGCUGACCAAGCAGCUCCAGGGCGAGGUACAGGAAGUGAAAGGAAAGUUAACGGGGAAGGAAACCGAACUGGCCGCUGGGCGAACCAAGCAGAGCCAAACGGAAUCGAUGCUCGAGGAGCGCGACCAGGAGAUCACGAAGCUAAUCAACGAGUUCGUGGCAAAGGAACAAAAGCAGGACCGCGAACACCGGGAACGGAUCCAGGAGCUCGAAGAGCGUAAUCGCGCGGAACUGGAAGCCCUGACCGAGCGGUUAACGGGCGAGAAGCAAACAUUGGAAACGGCCCAGAGCGAGCUGAAAGAGAAACUGGCCGAAGCUACCUCCGAACGGGAUGUGGCCAACGAAACGCUUCGAACGCUGCGAGAAGAGACCGAGGAACGGGCGAAGGAAGUGGAGCGGAUACGAAGCGAACUGGCAGCGGUGCAGGAGUUGAGGUUGGAAAACGCAAACUAUGUCCGCGAUCUGGAUGAACUAAAAAGCGAACUGAAUGGUGCGAUCGCGGAGAAGUUGCGGCUCGACGAGGAAAAGAUCGACGAAGAGCAGAAGCUGCGCGAUCGGCUGCGGAAGGCCGAAGAAGCGUCCUCCGAGGAACGGCAUCGAUUGGUCACCGAGAACGAAGGGCUACGAACACGGUUACAGGAAUUCAAACGUGAAACCGAGCAAUCUGUCCGCCGGUUUGAAGCGGAAAUCGAGCAGCUGAAGCGAGUCGAACCGGCCGCAGUGGCCAAAGUGGAAACACCAUUGGCAGCGGAACAACCGGCGUACGAUGAACUGCGGAACAAAAAGGAAGAGCUGGAGAACAAGCUGAAAAAGAUCAUGCACGAAGUACAGGACGUCUCGAACCGGAACCUGUUUUUGGAGCAAAAGUGUGAAAACUAUCUGAUACUGGAGCAAUCGAACGAGCGGCUCAAGCUGGCCAACGACAAGUUGUCGCGACAGUUGGAUGAAACUUUGGUAUCGCUGCAUCACAAUGAAGGCAUUGCCGCCAACACCGAGUUCGAGUACUUACGAAACAUUCUAUUCCAGUACCUCAGCGGAAGCGUAACCGGUAACAAUAGCACGCUGGUGAAGGUGAUAGCUGCGGUGUUGAAAUUUUCACCCCAACAGACGCAGGUUGUGAUGGAAAAGGAGGCCCAUCGGAGGUCUUUGAUGGGCCAGAUAAACAAUUUGCUAUAGCAGGAAAAGACGUUGGCCUUGCAACGGCAGCAGCCGGCACAGCAUCGGGCGCGUAGCGGGUUUCAGUUCUUCUAGAAAAAAGCAAAACGAAGGAUGGAAUUUAAUGUGAACUGUUGCGUUAUGUAUAUUAUGUGUCUCUCAUUCAUCGUUUACAUUUGUUGGUGGAGACGACGAUGUAUUUAUAUUUUCUAUGUUUUGUGGCCACACGCCCGGGAGACAUAUCGUACCGUACUACUACCAUAUUUAUCUUACCGUUCAUCCGCUGUAGAUCAUAUUUUAUUGCUUAUCUUUGUACUAUUUUUGUUCGGUUUUCUCUUUCCACUUCCACUAAUGGACCCCAUCUUGUCGAUAAGAAUGGUUGAAAUAGCCAGAGGAUUAUAGCAAAGGCACGUGAUCAAAGUUCCGACUCAGACUUAAACCCGCAAGAUCGAUUAGAUAGCUAAAAGUGUGGCUCAACCAGCGGCUAAUGUGUUCAAUUGAGGAAAGAUAGUUGUGCAGAGGUGAAAAAACCUUUUACCGAAAACCUUCUCCUACCAGCCAAUACUAUUCGUACCAAGUUUACGUAGUGAAAGUAAUUGAAUAAUCAAAAACACUCUUACAGGGCAACGGACAGGGAGAGUAGGCAAGCAAUAAUUUAGCAAUUUUCUCUUUCAUUCACACGGCAUUUUUGGUUUGCAUUUUGGUUAACUUUUUUCAACCCCUUAUUCAUCUCUUCUUUUUGUUUUUUUACGUGUUUUCGAUGAUAAGUUUAAAGCCAAUCGGCUGCGUAGAGUACUGGCGAGUUGGCGUGUUGUUUCGAGUGCAAUACGAGUUGAGAAGGAAUAGGUCGAAUAUUAAUAACUUUAACGUUUAGUUUCUGUUCGAUGUACAUUUAUAAUUCUAGCCAACAUAACACAAAGCCCACUCAGAUGGUAAGAAGCAGAAUUUGUAGGCCCCCGGCGCAAAAGAGCAUUAUUUAAAUGAUUGGAGUGACAGUCGAAAGAAAUCGAAUUCGCCAAAUCGCACCAAAGCAUGCUCUGGCGAGAAAUUUUCUCACGAUUAUUCCGUUUGCCGAACUGCUGUAUACGAAGCGCGCGAAUGAAACGCAUUUGAUACUGCAAAACAUUCACUUUAACGAACGAAAUCGAGGAAAAGCCGUGCGCAAAACUAAGCGCCACUGUUUAGUCAAUGCCUUUCGCGCGGCCUGAGGCGGGAAAACCGGAGCAAGAUUUGUUUUCCUCGCUCCGGAAACAAUAGACUUGUGGUUUGACAAAACGAAUGACAGAGUCAUUGGGGUGAAUGUUUUGCGUUAUCGUAAAUUUCAUAGACACCGUACCAUCAAUCAGUAAAUCAGAAACGACAGAAGAUAAUGAACACUUUUAAACAUUUGAAGCUUAUGCAAGAUGUUUAGUCUUUCAUUGCGAUUCAAGCUCAUUCGCUUCAUCUUCCCAACAACGGACACGCGCGCGCCUGCUGAGCUUCUACCCAGCUGGAUGUUGCGGAUUGUUUCCUUACUAGUUGCUAAACAUGUUAACUAAUCUAGAGCUAAUGAACACACACUCACUCACGCACGCAUUACAGCGGAUUAAACGAGAAAUGUUGUUAAAAGGCGUCGAAAGAAACCAACACAAAACCCCUCUUAGCAAAAACAAAUCUCACAAAUGAAACAUUUGCGUCGUUUUAUUUAAAAGUAACUACAAUACAAUAUUCUUUUGUGAGCCAGCUUCGUGGCAUCUUUUUCGUCCUUACCCUGCCGGCUACGCGCUCGUUGCCUAGCUACCGAUGCACACACGAUGCACACGCUAAACUAAGAGAUCGUGUAUGGAAGGUUAUUAAAAACGGCAGAUGGGUUAGCAACAAAUAUAUGCUCUGAUCCAAGCUCACGAUGAGUAGAGAAAAGUGGAACGCUGCCUCUUGUUUUUCUUACAAUGGAGUCACUCGCUGGUCAGGCACGGUGGGGUGCGAUUCCGUGCGUGCAUUC